AUGGUGAAGUACAACAGCUUGAUCCGCCGCGUCGAUCGCCGUCUGAUGGCGCUGUCUUGCGUUGGCGGCGCGAAGGGGCUGGACAUCGAAGCGGCCGAAGCCUCGGGAGCCGGGGCACCCGAGAUACCCGAAACUGAAAGCCUCGACCAGCUGCCCAACACCACCGCCGAUACCGCAGCCGCCAGCCCCACCACCGACUCCACCUCGAAGCCGGAUGCCAAA